CGCCCCAAACAAAGAAAGCCGGGCCAAGCGAAGCACUGAAGGCACUGGACCUCAGUUCGUCCAUCCUCACCGGUAACCGCGAGUUGAACUGUCGAAGCAAACAAGUUGAGACCUGCUGCCAAUCACGCCGGUCGCCGUUCUCCGCAUUGCUGGAAAGCUCGGAAUCGUCCGAAUCGCCCCUGCAAUUCUUUGAUUCGCUUCGCAGACCGCAGUGCCCUACUGUCCCGGGUCCGGCCCUGCGCGGCUUCUGCCUCCGCCCUUGCCUGCUCGCUGAGUUGCUGGUCUUCCGAUCUUUCAGUUUGCAGAGUUUGAGAAAGAUUUUACAGAAGUGAGAAAAGUCACCUUUUGGGUGGGUGCAUAUGUAGUUAAUGAAACAUAGUACUCUUCCUCAAUCAUCAUGUUCAAGCAAUCUCCAACAAGCAGGAGCCAUAGAUCAAAAGGAAUCAAGACCAAACAUGUUCUACAAAUUUGCCUGUUGCUUGCUGUUUGCUUCUGGCUGGUUUAUCAAGUAAAGCGCUCCUACGAUAAAGGCAAAGAGUUUGACGAAACUGAUUCAGGCUUUUCACUGAAGUCAGGGAGCAUAUAUGAAACAACAAAGUGGGGAAGGAAAAGUCUCCUUCCCCAUUCAUCAAACGGAAUUACUACAACUAAACCCAAGCAAGAUAAUGAAAACCAAGAUGAAGAUGAAGACGCCAAGACUGAAGAAGUGGAACCAGAUCAAGACAACAAGUUUGAAGAUGAAAAUGAUGAAGAUAGAGGGGGUGGAGAUGAUGCUGUUGAUGAACAUGAUCAAGAGAAAUCUGAUGAACAAGAAGAUGAACUUGUUGACGUAGAAACUGAUAUGAAAAGUUCUGAAGAGAAUACUGAUCAUGAGCUUGAUGAAGAAGACUCAAUGAGUACCCAUGAGGCACUUUAUAAAGCAGAUGACGCUUCAAGUGCAGUCACCCAUGAUACCGGCUUUGAAGAUGCAAUUGGACAAAACGCAACUCAGUUAACAGAUGAUCGCGAGACAAACCGUUCCCUAAUCACGACAGGCCAUGAUGAAAGUGUCCCAGAGCACGUCUUAUCCACCUCUAUGAAUACCUCACUGUUGAACAAAACAAGAAUGGUGGAAACAAACAGUCAUCUUGAACUGAUAGUAACAUUGCCAAAUUUGACAGAAUCAAAUAUAAAUUCCACCAUUGAGGGUAAUAAUGUCAUAGCUGGCGGGGAACACUCAUUGCCGUUCACUUUUACACAGCAAAUGAACGCAUCUGUACAGAUUGUUGAAAAAACUCUAUCUGAUUCUAAUAUAACUUCCACAGGAAAUGAGGGUUUUACUUCAACCUCAGAAAUCUCCUCAACUGCCUCGACUAUCACACCUUCUGCCUCAGGUGAUACCACACUCGAAGAUCAUUCUGAUACAUCCAUUCCCUUGGAAGAGAAAGAAGUUGGUAUAGAUUUGGAAACUCUUCCUCAGAUACAGACCGAAGGAAGUAACACAGAAGAUGAAGCAGUAGAAUGAAAUUUGUCAUAGAUCAGUAAAAAUGGUUCUGUUGAGGCUCAAGUUUAUUUUGGUUCCUUUGUUUUGUGAGCAUCCCAAGCUAAGAGUGUUCUUUAGUAUGCAGCAUUGGUAAUUUUCGGGAAAGUACAAUUACCAAUUAGCAUGAAAAAUAUAGGAUUGUAGUAGUAUGUUCUGCAAGAGUGGAUCUUGUGGAAUCAUUUGUAGUUAUAAUAACACUUUCCUCUCACUUUCGAGUUUGUUUACACUUGUGUCUUGAUCUUAAAAAUCUCAGCCUUUUCCAUCACUAUCUAAGAUGAUGUACUAAUGGGAUGCUUCUGGGGUUAAAUUUUGUUGAGGAAAAAAUUGACUUGUUGAAUACAUCUAAUGCCUGUUUGGUUGGGCAACUUCCAUUGAAU